CGAAAUCUCUCAAAGGUUUAGUCUUCCCUCUUCUUUGUCUUAUCAAACAUAACUUUCCCUCUUCUCUCAGUUCCAUCUGAUUACUUUAAUUAUAUUGAUCAUUUUCUCUCCAAAUCAAAAACUCUUGUAAAGACAACAACAUGGCAAACUUUGAUGGACCAGGUUUCUCCAUGGUAGAUGGCGCUUGGGUCCAAACCAAAGCCAUUGAUAUCGUCUCAUCAACAGACAUCUCUCCUUACCUCUCCCGUCUCCUAGAAGACUGCGUCUGGAACGGUAACAGAGCCAUCGUCUUCGACGUCUACUGGGACGUCAAAUCUAUCAACGCAAAGUCAGAGUGGCGCCUCUCCUCGGUGAAGCUAAGCACCAAGAACUUCUGUCUCUUCCUCCGUCUUCCCAACCCGUUCACCGACAAUCUCAAGGAUCUUUACCGCUUCUUUGCGUCGAAAUUCGUGACGUUUGUUGGUGUUCAGAUUCAAGAGGAUUUGGUUUUGCUUAAGGAGAAUCAUGGGAUUGUGAUUAGGAGCUCGUUGGAGAUUGGGAAGUUGGCUGCUAAAGCGAGAGGGACUCCGAUUGUUGAGUUCUUGGGGACGAGAGAGUUGGCUCAUAAGAUACUUUGGUAUGAUAUGAGUAGGCUUGAUUCGAUUCAGUCUAAGUGGGAUGAAGCUGGGGGUAAUGAUCGUCUUGAAGCUGCUGCUAUUGAAGGUUGGCUUAUUUAUAAUGUCUAUGAUCAGUUGCAGCAGUGAUGUGUAGAAGUUACAUUUUGUGUUCUUGAUCGAAUGGGGUUUGUGAGAUUGCUUGCGCUUGAUAUUUUGAUCUCUUUGUUGGUUGUUAUGAGUGAACAAAAUAAUGUUGCUUGCGCUUGAUAUUUUGAUCUCUUUGUUGGUUGUUAUGAGUGAACAAAAUAAUGUCUGAAUAUUAUAAAAACUAUGACCGGCUUGUUUUUAUUUGUUUUGUCUGUAAGAGCUUGAUAUCUUUUA